CAUCAAGUUGCGCCGGGCUAAUUGUGGCGCUCGGCGCUUCCGGGAAUCUCGCGGUUCCGCGACUAGGUGAAAUGGCGGAGACAGCGGCGCCAGUGUGGCUUUGCGGCCCUGGCUUCGGGUGCAAGGCGCUGCGAUGUCCCUCGGCCCCGUGCUCUGUACGAGAUUUUAUCUACCAACACUGCCAAGAUCAGGAUGUUCCAGUGGAAUACUUCUUUGUGAAAUGCAACGGAUUACUCGUUAACACCAGUGACACAGUGCAGCAUGGGGCUGUUUAUAGUUUGGAACCCAGACUUCGUGGUGGAAAAGGAGGUUUUGGCUCUAUGCUCCGAGCACUUGGUGCUCAGAUUGAGAAGACCACCAAUCGAGAAGCUUGCCGGGAUCUCAGUGGAAGGAGACUACGAGAUGUCAAUCAUGAAAAAGCAAUGGCUGAAUGGGUAAAACAACAAGCUGAGCGAGAGGCUGAAAAGGAGCAGAAACGCCUGGAACGCCUACAGCGGAAGCUUGCAGAACCCAGGCACUGCUUCACCAGCCCCGACUACCAGCAGCAGUGCCAUGAGAUGGCUGAGCGACUGGAGGAUUCCGUCCUCAAAGGUAUGCAGGCCACCUCCAGCAAGAUAGUAUCGGCAGAAAUUGGUGAGAGUCGGAAACGGCCUAACAAACCAGAAACAGACAGAGGAGCCAGCGCAGGGAAAAGGAAAUGCUUUUGGUUGGGCAUGGAAGGACUAGAGGCUGCAGAGGGGUCCAGCUCUGAGAGCUCAGAUGAUGACAGUCAAGAAACACCUACUACUUCAGGAAUGAGCUUUCAUGUUUCCAGAAAUAGCAGAGAUGGUGUUGAGAUGGCAGCUGAGUUUCCUAGUAGUUCUCAGCCGGCAAGAGUAUUGAGGACAGACACUAGAUCACCAGAAAAGUUAUACAUCCCAGUGACUGAUUCUGGGAACAAUAUUUCAGAAGACUUGUGUGCUGAGCUGGGAGAGGCAUCUACCAAGGAGUGUAUGGAAAGGAAGAUGGCUGAAGAAACAGAGAAAUCCCAGGAGAAAAAGGAGUCAGAGAGUAAAAAACCCACAGAAAAGGAAUCAGCUGGAACUGGCCUGAGUAAGGAGAAAGAGACAAAAGAAAUGACUGAUGGGGAAAGAGCUGCCAAGGUAGCACCUGGAGAAGAUAGGAAAAACAUUCCUGUUGCCAAAUUGGAAGAAGGCCAGUCAGGAAACACAGGUAUCGGUCAGGAAACUGUGGAUUUACUGGCAUUCAGCUCUGUUGCAGAAUUGGAGUUGCUGGGUUUGGAGAAGCUCAAGUGUGAACUCAUGGCUCUGGGGCUGAAGUGUGGGGGCACUCUCCAGGAGCGGGCGGCCAGGCUCUUCUCUGUCAGAGGAAUGGCAAAGGAGCAGAUAGACCCAGCUUUAUUUGCCAAGCCUUUGAAAGGGAAGAAGAAGUGAAUUUCAUCAGCGCUGAUUUCCUGUUUCUUUAUAGUCUAGCACUUCUAACCUGCAUAAUGUUGACUCUUGGACAUUGUUCCUAUUGAUAUUAAAGGUGACUUUUUAAUAACUCAGUUCUUAACAAUCCUCUUUUUCAUUGUUAGAUUAAUAGAGUUAAUGUGUAAAACCAUCUGGGCGUGGUGUUUUCUUUGUGGGAAGUUUUUUUAUAACUAAUUUCUUUAAUAAAUAUAGGGCUUUUCAGAGUCUGGGUUUCAUCUUGUGUCACUUAGGUAAGUUAUUUUUUCAAAGAAUUUAUCUACUUGGCCCAGUUAUCAGAUCUGUGUUCAUAAAGUUAUUCAGAAGUCUUUUCUAUCCUUUUAAAAAGACAUCAGUAAGAGUUGUGGUGAUAACUUCUUUUUCAAUCUGAUACUGAUAAUUUCUGUUUUCUCUUUCUUGAUCAACAGUCUAGCUAGGAGCUUAUUUUGCUGACAGUGAUUUUCAAAGAACCAACUUUUGCCUUAUUGACUUUUCUUAACUGCUUUUAAUUUCAUUGAUUUCUGCUUUUUAUCAUUUCCUUUCUUCUACUUAGCUUGAGUUUACUUUGCUCUUUUCUCUACCUUCUUACAGUAAGCCCUAGGUCAUUGAUUUUAGACUUUUGUCCUAGUAAUAAUAUUUAAGUUAUAUAUAUAUAAUAUAUAUAUAAUAUUUAAAGUUUUUCUUUAAGUACUGUUUUAGCUGCAUCUCAGAAAUUUGAAUAUGUUGUAUUUUAUUAUCACUCAAUUUUGAGUAUUUUCUAAUUUUCGUAUGAAUUCCUUGACCCAUGAAUUCUCUAUAAGUAUGUUGUCUAAUUAGCUUUUUUUUUACUUUUUUUAUUGAGUAAUAGUCAUUUUACAAUGUUGUGUCAAAUUCUAAUGUAUAAUUAGCAAUUUUAAAAAUCCAAUCUAUUUAAACAAACAAAAAAAACCCCGAAACAGUUCACUCAUUUCUCCCACCCUAUACCCCCUGCCUAUGACAAUCAUUAAUCAGUUCUAUGAAUCUAUAAUCUUUGGGGGCGUGUUUUGUUUUAAUUUAAAAAAUUUUUUUAGAUUCCACAUAUAAGAGAGGUCAUACAGUAUUUGUCUUUAUCUGACUUACUUCACUUAGCAUAAUGCCCUCAAGGUCCAUUCAUGUUGUUGCAAAUGACAAGGUUUAAUUCUUUGCUAUGGCUCAGGAAUAUUCCAUUGUAUAUGUUUGCCACAUCUUCAUUCAUCCAUCAUCCAUCAAUGGACACUUAGAUUGUUUUUAUAUCUUGGCUAUAAUAAAUAAUACUGCUGUGAACAUGA